AUGACAGACGCCGAUGCCUUUCGGGAUGCGGAAUACAUCGCUGACGUGUCCGGCAUAUCCUAUGACGAUGCGGAACCUCCAAGGCCAACAGGCACGCUUAGCAGCCAGAAUGCCUGCGUGAAGAAAGUUAACUCGGCUGCCAAAGUUGCUUUCAUCGACAGACUGAUGCGCGAUCUUGACAUAUUUGUUUAUUGUCAACUGUCCGCCCUAUAUUACAUGGACUGUUCAUUUCCGCUAUUUGCAAUACGCGCGGCUGUUCAAUCGGUCCUCUUCACCCCCAAAGCGCCCCCUUUCGAACCUAGGCGCAACCAGCCCUUCAUCAACGGCAUCAUCCUCAGUAACCUCAUAUGCAUGUUAUUCCAUGUCUUCUUCAUUCACCCAGAGGCUGGUGAAGAAACUCGCGGCUACCUCAAUGGUGGACUAUUCAUCGAUCUCAUUGGGCAACGCCCCGUCUCCGUCCUACGACUCCUCUCCUUCGAUCUCCUGAUCUUCUUCGUUGAUAUCAUUUUGCUUGCCUUGACCAUUGAAAGGGUGAACAUCCUUGGUUCUUCCACUCCGGCCUCCACGGAAUCAGCCUCAACUUCAAAUGCAAAUACGGACCAAGAGACCGCGGCACAUCAGUCCCAAGACCAUGACGCCGAAGAGCGCGGAGUCCUGAGACAAGAAGACGGCGAUGAAGAUAUCCCCUCUACGCAUGAAAGUGUAGCAUCUUCCCCAAAUAGCAUUGUCGACGCUGAAGUCGACGAAGAGCGCGCAAAUCUCCUAGCAGACCCGACCGAUAUUGAGUCUCCAAUCCUCGCUCGAGGAGGUCACCCGAUGGAUACAUUUGCGGCAGGCGAGGCUGUCGUCGUCAACGCGCGCUUCUUCGGCACGCUGGUAGACCAAUGGCGUUAUUCAAGGGAUCUCGUGCGACAGACACCGGCUUUUCCGCCCGCUGAGACGGCGACUUUCCUACGCCAACGUUUUGGUCUCCAGGUUGGUGCUGAUGGCCGCUUUGAACGUACUGACACUUAA